AGAAGCCGCUUUAGGCUCGGUGAGAAUGUGAAACUUCAAAGGGUUUUCUAUUAAUUUUUAAACUAUUUUCAGCUCGUCCGAGGGAAAGUUCGCCGCCGAAACACUUCUGGAUGGAACUUAAAGCCGCUCCGUUAGUUUUGUUCUGUUUUCUCUGCGGACUGAAGGCGGACUCAGAGGACGGAGGAGGAUGGUCGCUGCCUUCAGACUUCAGCCUACAGGAUGAAGGAGUUUGUAACAUCGACGUGUUGGACGCAUCGCAGCUCUCCUAUCAGCAGUUCAUCCAGAGAUACGCUUACAGCCGACCGGUCGUCCUCAGAGGAUUCACCGACAACACGAAAUUCCAGCUGCUUUGCUCCAAGUCGACUUUGUUGAAGGAGUUCGGCUCUCGGACGGUGAAACUGAGCACAGCCAACACUUACUCCUACAGGAAAGUGGACGUCCCCUUCCAGCAGUAUGUGGAGCUUUUACUGAGGCCCCAGGCUGCAGAGGCUCUCGGCAGCGACACUCUGUAUUUCUUCGGUGACAACAACUUCACCGAGUGGCAGAGUUUGUUCGAUCAGUACGAGUCUCCACCGUUCGUUCUGCCCAACACCAGCGGAGCGUUCAGCUUCGGCAUCGCAGGUGCUGGAACAGGAGUUCCCUUCCACUGGCAUGGUCCUGGUUACUCAGAAGUCAUCUAUGGACGAAAACGCUGGUUCCUCUUCCCACCCGAUAAGGAGCCUCACUUCCACCCAAACAGAACCACCCUGUCCUGGGUGACGGAGACCUACCCAAACCUGCCGGAGGAGGAGGCUCCAAUGGAGUGCACCAUCAGACCCGGAGAGCUGCUGUAUUUCCCCGAUCGCUGGUGGCACGCAACCCUCAACCUGGACACCAGCGUUUUCAUCUCCACCUUCCUGGGCUGAACUCAGCUCUGUGCUCCUUUCUAAAAAGAAUUCCUUUUUAAAAAUCAGUUUCUCUUCCGUCGCAGGCUGACCGGAAAGUAAACCGACUAGUUUUUCAGGGACAAACAAUGAGCUGUGACCAACUGUGAUCUUUGUUAAUU